AUGGAUAAACCACUACCGUCUCUUCCAUUGGAUGGGCAGGCGGAGGCCCAGGCACGGGCGUCUGGCAGUGGGAUCCAUGGACAACAUGGCGACAAGGCCAUGCAACCAUGCGACGCUAUCCCAUCUCAAGAUGUCUUGAACCAGUCAUUCAGGAUACCCAUCCUAGAUUCUGAUGGUAAAGAGCGACUGUUUGGAGAUCUAUUCGAUAAUUCAGAUUCUCCGGAGCAGAAACAGGUUAUGGUUGUGUUUGUUCGGCAUUUCUUCUGUGGUAGUUGUCAGGACUAUGUUCAAACCCUUUCUUCCUCUAUCCCGUCACCCGCAUCUCUUCCAACGGGCACGAGCCUCGUCGUGAUCGGCUGCGGGGCCACUAGCCUUAUCCCCAUGUACGCGAAGACAACAUCAUGCUCCUUUCCUAUAUACACCGACCCAACGAGCCGGCUAUACACUAUCUUUGGGAUGACGCGAACUUGGUCUUUAGGGCCGGUUCCCCAAUACCUCCAGCACUCAACACUUGCUUUAGUGAUAAAAGGCAUUACGCAAGGUCUACGGCGGACGUUGAGUGGUGACGCAUUGAAGUCAGGAGAUAUGGCACAGGUUGGCGGAGAGUUCCUCUUCAAGAUCGGCCCGGAAAAGAAGGACAGCAAGCAAAGCGUUACUGUCGCUUGGUGCCAUCGAAUGAAGACAACACGAGAUCAUACCGAGGUCCCGAUACUGAAACAAAUCAUGGGCGCGGAAUAA